AUGGCCACGUCGGCCUUUACGCAUCGCAAUGAUGCGUCCACAGUGGUGGAGCUUCAAAGCAAAAUAUUUCACCAAAAAGUGGUGCUGAGGAAUCACUUGAAUCUGGAGGACUUGACCCAAGCCGACAUGGCCGAGCUGGCUGCUUCCUUGCCCCACUUUGAGAAUAUCAAAGUGCUGAACAUCAAACGCUUCAAAGCUGGUGAAGUGGAGGCCAAGGCCUUUUUCGAGGCGCUCGGCUCUAUUCCGCUGCAGAAGCUGUGCAUGUCGUCAGCUGUGCAUGCCGAAGCCGCCGGACAGGCCAUGGUGAAGGCGCUGCAGGAGCUCGACGUCGCCGCCUUCGCCGCGCUGACCGAGCUCGACUUCAGCUACUGUCGCAUGGACCAUGGGCUCGGCGAGGCCACCAGAACGACGGAGGGGUGA